UUCAAAAAAUUUCCACGAUGUUCAGUCUUCGUUUAAUUUCUCGAAAUUUUAUGAGAAAAUCUCUUGUCACGCCAAAAUCCCUUGAAAUUCGUCAAUUUUGCGAUGAAACUCCGCGCGCACUGCGAAGCACAAAAGCCAAAUCCAAACGACAAACCUCCCAAUACUUCGUGGACCAAAAAAGAGUUCGUUGCAUUGCCGGCAAGGGAGGCGACGGAUGCAUUUCGUUCCUCAGCGUUUAUCGCAAGGAAUUCGCAGGACCCGAUGGAGCAGAUGGCGGAAACGGAGGUCACGUGAUUUUCGAAGCAACCACAGAUAUUCGUGAUUUGCAUCACAUUCCGCCCGUUUUGCAAGCUGCGGACGGCGAAAAAGGCAUGAACAAAAAUUGUUCGGGCAAAAAUGCGCAACACUUGAAUGUCAAAGUCCCGCUUGGCACUGUGAUUCGAAAUGACCUUGGAAAAGUCGUCGGGGACUUGGAUGAAGACGGAAGCAUGUUCAUAGCUGCUCGCGGAGGCGCCGGCGGCAAAGGAAACACAUAUUUCGCAUCAGCGACGACACAAGCCCCGCAAAUUGCCGAACACGGAGCUCAGGGAGAAGACAUCACGUACAAGCUGGAGAUUAAAACAAUGGCUGAAAUUGGUCUAAUUGGAUUUCCGAAUGCGGGAAAAAGUACUUUGUUGAAUGCGAUUACACGAGCAAAGCCAAAAGUAGCUUCGUACCCCUUUACAACGCUCAAACCGCACGUCGGCAUGGUCCAAUAUGACGAUUACGAACAAAUAGCGAUUGCUGACCUGCCUGGAUUGAUUCCCGGAUCGGCGGAAAAUAAAGGACUUGGGAUCCAAUUUUUGAAACAUGUCGAAAGAUGCGCUGCUUUGCUGUUCAUCGUCGAUGCUUCAAUCGAGGAGCCUUGGAAAUGCUACGAAACACUAUUGGAAGAGCUCAAAAAGUUCAGUCCCGAGCUAUUGACGAGAUCAAGACUGAUAGUUGCAAAUAAAAUUGACUUGCCCGAAGCCAAAGACAAUAUCGAAGCACUAAAAAGUCACGUAGAUGCUCCUGUAAUCUGCAUUUCCGCCAAACAAGGCAUCAAUGUGACAGAAUUAUUAGCGGAAAUUCGUCGAUUGUACGAUAACGAUCGCGAAUUACAAGCAAGUGACUCGAAUUCGAGCUGAAAUUUCAUUAAAAAUUAGUUUUUUCAAGUGUAUU